CUCCUCAGCGACGGGGGUUGGUUGAGCCGCGCGGCGGAGAAGGAACAACAGAGCUGACAGCAGCGCGCGACUCCAGUCACGUCAAGGGGAAGAUGGAGCAGCACACAGGCGCCGCGGAGUUCAACAUCUUGUUAGCUACCGACUCCUACAAGGUCACACAUUACAAACAGUAUCCACCCAACACCAGCAAGGUGUACUCUUACUUUGAGUGCCGCGAGAAGAAGACAGAACCUACCAAGCUCAGAAAAGUCAAAUACGACAAAACGGUCUUCUAUGGGCUUCAGUACAUUCUCCACAGAUAUUUAAAAGGACAGGUCGUCACACGAGAGAAGAUUCAGGAAGCAAAAGAGGUGUACCGGGAACACUUUCAGGAUGAUGUGUUCAAUGAAAAAGGAUGGAAUUACAUUUUGGAGAAAUACAAUGGUCACCUGCCCAUCGAGAUCAAGGCUGUGCCGGAGGGAAGCGUUAUCCCGCGUGGGAAUGUGCUGUUCACCGUUGUAAGCACAGAUCCGGAGUGCUACUGGCUCACUAACUGGGUAGAGACUAUCCUGGUUCAGAUCUGGUAUCCCAUCACCGUCGCGACAAACUCACGAGAACAGAAGAAGAUUCUGGCCAAAUAUCUCAUGGAAACGUCAGGAAGCCUGGAAGGGCUGGAAUAUAAACUGCAUGACUUUGGCUACAGAGGGGUUUCAUCUCAAGAGACGGCUGGUAUCGGCGCGUCUGCACACUUGGUAAACUUCAAAGGAACAGACACCGUGGCCGGGAUCUGCGUUAUCAAGAAGUACUACGGCACCAAAGACCCGGUUCCUGGUUUCUCAGUUCCUGCUGCAGAACACAGCACAAUCACUGCCUGGGGAAAGGACCACGAGAAGGAUGCUUUUGAACACAUCAUCAAGCAGUUCCCUUCUGUCCCCGUGUCAAUCGUCAGCGACAGCUACGACAUCUACAACGCCUGCGAGAAGAUCUGGGGGGAGGACCUGAGGGGUCUGAUCGAGAUGAGGAGCGCAGACGCCCCGCUGGUGGUCCGACCGGAUUCAGGAAACCCUCUAGACACAGUGCUAAAGGUCCUGGAAAUUUUAGGAAAGAAAUUUCCUCUUGUUGAGAACUCUAAAGGCUAUAAGGUGCUUCCGCCCUACAUCCGAGUCAUUCAGGGCGACGGUGUGGACAUCAAUACUUUACAGGAGAUUGUGGAGGGCAUGAAAGAGCACCGAUGGAGCAUCGAGAACAUCGCGUUUGGCUCAGGAGGAGCACUGCUGCAGAAACUGACCCGAGAUCUGCUCAACUGCUCUUUUAAGUGCAGUUAUGUGGUGACGAACGGACUGGGCGUCAACGUCUUCAAAGACCCUGUUGCAGACCCCAACAAAAGGUCAAAGAAGGGUCGGCUUUCUCUUCACAGAACACCUAGCGGAGAUUUUGUUACUCUGGAAGAGGGGAAGGGUGAUCUGGAGGAGUAUGGAGAGGACUUGCUGCACACUGUGUUCAGAAACGGGAAGAUUGUAAAGACGUACACCUUCGAUGAGGUCAGAGACAAUGCCAAGCUGAAGGAGAGCGAACUGGAGGAUCUGCUGCUGUGAGAGCGUCUCCCAUCAGCCCUCUCUCCACCCACACCCACCCGAGAGAACCUGCGUCCCGACAGACGUGAGGACACACAGUUACCCCACGUUCAGUGUACAGAACUGUUCUAUGUUUCUGUCUACUGACUCCGCUACGCUUCAGUGUCUCUUUCUAAUGGCGGAUGAGAGCAGUUAUCAUGCUAUUUAAAUCAUUUAACUGUGUAUUUGACCAAGUGUGCUAUUGAUCACACGUCUUUGCAGGAAUGGAGACGUUUAUGUGUGCGUAUACCGCGAGAAGAUUUCGCUUUGCUUGACUGUAGGACUGAAAGGUAAUCGUUCCGUGUUAGUUGAAUGUGAAUGUUGUGUGUAGGGUUUAUCACUUUAUCCAAGGAUUGAUCUAUUCCUUAAUGCAAAGGAGACGGCUGAACUAGAGGGAUACUUUCAUUCUCUUUCAUUGGCCUUGUGCUUAUUUGAUGUCAUGUUUAUUUUUAUUUGAAAGAUGAAACUUAAAAGAGCAUGUUUAGGUCGCAUUUCACCCUAAAAUCAAAAG